AUGAUCUUGACCAAGACCAAGGGCCUGGCCAUGGUGUACUACAUCACGAACUACGCCACCAAACUGGAUACGCCGAUGUGGAAGCGCAUUGCUCUCGCCACCGAGGUUGCCCGCCAACUUCGCGAGGCCGGUCGUCCGACGUCUCGCGCGCCAGGUCCCGCCCUGCCCGACGGCGGCAGGCAGGCGGUAUUGAACGAAAGCCGUCAAUUCCUGAUGAGAACGGCAAAUCGCAUCUUCUCCGAGCGACAACUCUCGGCUGUCGAGGUUUGUUACCACCUCCUUGGAUAUGACACCGACUUUACCAACGUGCCGCAUUGGUCCUUCUUGAACUUGACGGCCUGCUGGACAAUCUUUCGGCUAUGGGCGCAUCUCCGCCAUCAGGCCGGCGAGCUCACGGACGCCGAACAGCCCCAGAGACAAUCCUCUGAGGCAAGGAGGGCGAACCCUAUUAUGCCUGGAGGCGAUUCAGACUGUGAAGGCUGGAUGCAAAAGCUUCGACGGCCCGACCAGUACGCCGUCCCGAUCUUCCAAGGAUACAUCAGCGACGACCACGAGGACGAUCACCCAGUCUAUAUUAAGCGAAACCCUGUCCUACAUUUGGCGUUAUUCGUCCCUUGGGAAAACUUCAUUUCUGAGAGCCUAGGCGAUAUAACCGACAUAUGGACGACGCAUCGAGCGGGCCUUUGUCCCCGCCUCCGUUUCUACGUCUCUAACAUUUGUCUUUUGAGAAAGUCUGCCGAAGACGCGCGUAAGGACGCGAAGCUCUGGGCCAGUGACGCCUUGUGUCAACUCCCCAUAUCUCGAGACGAUGUCCAGGCAGCGGCCAAGGCCCAACAACUAUUGCAUCUUCGGAUGCUAGACGACAUGAGGUGGUUCCCAGGGACCAUGCUUUCCGCGGAUGGCGCCGACAUCGACGAUACGCUAGCUCGCUACGGCGAUACGGAGUCCCCUGCUGGGCUCCCGGGCAGCGACCUCAAUGAACGAGGCCCUCGGAUGCUUGUCGACGUCAGUCCGGCAACUAGCUUCGCGGAGAUGGGACACACCGCCGCGGCCAGCUUUACACUGAACUAUCUACAGACCAUGGCCCUUCAACUCGUUUGCCUGUUUCUGGACAAGUAUACUGCCAAUCCGGACUCAGCGGUCAGCAUCUUCAAUACACCGGCGGGCGGGUGGCACGGGAAAGUCGAGGAUUAUCGAUGCCCUGAAGGACGUGUUCGCGGCGAGAACCAGCCGCAUCUUCUGCAGAUAACCGGCACGUCGGGCAGUUCGGCGGCCCAGAUUGGCGGCACGACCAUCCACUCGGCCUGUGGGUUAGAUUCCCAUCGCGAUCCAAACAAACCGCCUCCCCCCUUCUCGGAGGCGAAGAAGUGGAUCUGGAAACAGAAGCUGGUGCUCGUCAUUGACGAGGUCACCUACCUGCAUCUGUUCAAAACCGUGGUGCUCCUCGAAGACCAAGUCCGCGCACGCAACGAUCCCCAGCUCCGUGCACUCCUGGAUCGAGUUCGUAACGGGCGCCAGACCCAUGAAGAUCUGAGCUUGCUCAAUGCCAACAUUGUAGGACGCUCGCAAAUCACCUUCCACGAUGGUUUGCGCGCUAUAACGCCGCUGAACCGCACCCGGUGGGCCCUCAACAUGGAAGCUGUUGUGGGCUGGGCGCGCUUCAACAAGCGGCACAUCCGUAUCUUUGUCUCGACUCACACCUGGCGCAACGGCACGCUGUCUCCAAACCUCAUAGCGCGAACCAUCGGACAAGGCGACGACUCUGCCUGCAAAGUCCCCGGCGUCUUCUUCUACGCCCAGGGCAUGCCCGUGGUUGUGAACAAGAACAUCUACACUGGCCUGAAGGUGAUGACGUGA